AUGUUGCUGGAACACCCGGGGUCAAGCUGUCAGAGCAACGGAAACUUCUCCAGAUACGCUGCAGGCCAAGAGAUCCCUGUGUGCGCGGGCUGCAGUUUGCACAUCGUGGACCGCUUCAUCCUCAAAGUGCUGGACCGACACUGGCACAGCAAGUGCCUAAAGUGCUGCGACUGUCAGGAGCAACUCACCGACAAGUGCUUCAGCCGCGGAGACAGUGUGUACUGCAAGGACGACUUCUUCAAGAGAUUCGGGACCAAGUGCGCGGCGUGCCAUCAGGGCAUCCCGCCCACGCAGGUGGUGAGGCGAGCGCAGGACUUUGUUUAUCACCUUCACUGUUUCGCCUGCGUCGUCUGCAAACGACAGUUAGCAACAGGCGACGAGUACUACCUGAUGGAGGACAGUCGCCUCGUGUGCAAAGCGGACUACGAGACGGCCAAGCAGCGAGAGGCAGACUCCACGGCCAAACGACCCCGGACCACCAUCACGGCCAAACAGCUGGAGACGCUGAAAAACGCCUACAAUAACUCGCCCAAACCGGCUCGCCACGUUCGGGAGCAGCUGUCGUCGGAGACCGGUCUGGACAUGCGCGUCGUACAGGUUUGGUUCCAGAACAGACGAGCGAAGGAGAAGCGUCUGAAGAAAGACGCCGGACGACAGCGAUGGGGCCAGUACUUCAGGAACAUGAAGAGGUCUCGAGGAAGCUCCAAGUCUGACAAGGACAGUAUCCAGGAGGAGACCAUGGACAGCGACGCCGAGGUCUCCUUCUCUGACGAACCCGCUCUGUCAGAACUGGGCCACUCCAACGGCCUCUACAGCAGCCUGAGCGAGACGUCUCCCGCCAUGACAGGUCGCCCCGGCAACAACAACAACAACCACAACAACCACUUCUCCCUGGACCCCGGCGUGAUCCAGACCCAGGACCAGUUCCAGGACCUCCGCUCCAGCAGCCCCUACGGCCUGCCUCAGUCGCCCAGGCACCAGCCCCUCAUCACCAGCCUCGGCUACACGGACCCCACCCUCUCCAUCGUGGCGCCCGGCUCGAACGCUGGGAUCAAUAACAGAGUAACCAUGGGAACGGGACCCGGUUCGGACCUGUCCACCGGCAGCAGCGGCGGAUACCCGGACUUUCCCGCUAGUCCCGCCUCCUGGUUGGACGAGGUGGAUCACGGACAGUUUUGA